AGAUGUGAUACUGUGGGCAGGUUUGUUGCCAAUACCCUCGAGCAAAAAGGUGGUGGAAUCCAAAUGGCUGACUAAGAGGCAGCUAGUCAGAAUUUGUUUUUUUAUAUCUGUUUUCUAUUUACAUUCAUUUCCCUUGUCUUCAUUACUGCUGUUUAAAAUUGAGAAAAUGAGGAAAAUUGUUCAGAAAGAGCCUGAAGUGAAAGGGUUAGACCAAGCCCCAGUGGUUAACCAGUUAACCAACUUCAUGUUAGGUAGCAAAGUCCCCGAGUAAGUCACAGCUGAAUAGCACUUUUUUUUUCCUCUCUGCAAAGUGAGGGCUUGGCGUCUCUUGUUUAAAGUUUACUUUUCUGAACCCAAGUGGGAUCAGUGCUGGUGCUGAAUAAUUUAUCACCAGCAUGAAUGGGCUCAUUAGUUGCCUUUUCAGAGUUUAAAUGAGUUUUGUGGUUGUCAUUACGCGAGCCUUCUGUUCAGCUGAAAUGACAGUUUGGCAGUGUCCUUGCUUGUAACAGGGGCAGCCUGCCUCCUUUCAUUCGAGGAUUUGCUGUUGUGUUUUGCUAAAGUUGUUCAGAAUAUACAGCUAAGCUGCCCUUGCCUGACAACCCUCUUUGCUGAACAACAUCAAGACCACUGCCGCAGUGUCCACAAUCGGUGACCUUUUAAAGUUUAUCCUGAGUUAUGACAAAAUUUGGCUUGGUCUGUGAUGUUCUCGUCCUCAUUCCUUGGGCCUCUCCAUCAGAGUGGACCAGCCUGACGAUGUUGCCUGCUCAAGUGGAGAAUGGACACUUGGUUGAGAAUACCAAAGAGGGCUGCUGAUCCUGUAGAGCUGUACAGCAGCAGGAGUCGGGCGCUACUUCCAGUGUUUCUUACUACCUAUUACAAAUUAUCAUCCUGUAGGAGCCUCGGUCUAAAUGGGUCCAGUCAUGCCUCCCAGUAAGAAGCCAGAAGGCUCAGGAAUUAGUGUUUCGAGUGGACUGAGCCAGUGUUAUCCAGGGAGCUCACUAACCAAGGCACUCCAGGAAGUUGAGGAGCUGGACAUUACGAGCAGUUACUUGCCUGCCAUUCGUUUGGAAAGAGUAGCUAUGGAGGAUGAAGAAUUAACAAACCUGAACUGGUUGCAUGAGAGCAAGAACCUGCUCAAAAGUUUCGGGGACACUGUGCUUCGUAGUGUCAGUCCGGUUCAGGAUAUUGAUGAGGAUACCCCUCCUUCUCCUGCUCAUUCUGACCAGCCCUACGAUGCCAAGCAGAACCCUAACUGCAAACCUCCUUAUUCUUUUAGCUGCCUCAUAUUUAUGGCUAUUGAAGACUCACCCAGCAAACGCCUGCCUGUUAAGGAUAUAUACAACUGGAUCCUCGAACAUUUCCCUUACUUUGCAAAUGCUCCGACUGGGUGGAAGAACUCUGUUAGACACAAUCUAUCAUUGAAUAAAUGUUUCAAGAAAGUAGACAAGGACAGGAGUCAGAGUAUUGGGAAGGGCUCCUUAUGGUGUAUAGACCCAGAAUACAGACAAAACCUUAUUCAGGCUUUGAAAAAGACGCCCUACCAUCCUUACUCUCAUGUUUUUAAUACGCCUCCCACUUCCCCACGGGGAUAUCAAAGCACAUCAAGUCCACCCCGUUGGCCAGGAAGUGCUUUCUUCAAGAAGAAUGGAGCGCUCCAAGAUUCUGAUAUUGAUGCAGCCACUGCCAUGAUGCUGCUGAAUUCUUCCCCUGAGGUGAAAGGAGCAGAAUAUGCUGUGGGAGUUAUGCCAAAUGGAGGUCGAGCGUACACUCGGGGGCCAUUCAUGGGGAUGAAGCCACUGCCGAUCAGUAGUAUUGGGAGCAUGGCUGCUGCAGUAAGGAAUGGAAUCGCAAAUUGUCGGAUGCGGAAUGAUAGCGAGCAGUCCUGUGGCUCCCCGGUUGUCAGCAGUGAUCCUAAGGAAGAUCACAAUUACAGCGUGGCGAAAUCUUCCAAUCACAGGAGUACAUCCCCCACCAGCGAUUCAACGUCCUCUUCCUCUGCCGAUGACCACUACGAGUUUGCCACAAAAGGCAGCCACGACGGAAGUGAGGUCAGCGAAGGGAGUUACCACAGCCACGAGAGCUACAGCGAGACAGAAGAUGAGGAGAAAAAGAACAAAAAAGAAACCAAGGAUUCCUUAGCUGACAGUGGGUACUUAUCUCAGCACACGAAACGGCAACACCUGACAAAAGCAAAAAAAAAUGCAACUGAGACACUGCCGCUUAAAAAGAGGCGCACAGAGAAACCACCAGAAAGUGAUGAUGAGGAAAUGAAAGAGGCAGCGGGUUCACUCCUGCACUUGGCAGGGAUUCGCUCCUGUUUGGAUAACAUCACAAACCGCACUUCAAAAGGGCAGAAAGAGCAGCAACAUUCAGCAAAAAAUUAAGACAGUAAUGCACAGCCUCUUUAAGAUUGUUGGCAGAAAUUUAUUUUCUUUCAGCACGUCAGGUGAAUUAUAAUGAUUUGUGGCAAUAUCAGCAAUCACUUUGUUUUCCUAUUUUAAGCCCCCUUGAGUUUUUUUAAUAUAAAAAUAAUUUUCGUUUAAGGAGAUUGAAGCCAUAGCAGAACUUUUACUGACACUCAGCUAAUUUGCAAAAGCUUUUCAUUGACUGACAACAAAAGCCAAAAUCACUGCACCUCCUCUCUCUCUCUCUCUCUCUCACUCUCUCUUCCCCCCUCCCCCCUCUCUCCCCCUCUCUCCCUCCUCCGCCCCUCCC